UCUUGCUCUUGUUGAUCGGCCCGCGGGGUGUUCUCGCCAUGCUCCCGACAUCUCGCCAUGCUUCGAUGUGGAUCUCUGAGAAGCGUCUUCGAACGAAAACAUCGGAGCCACUGCGUGCUGACAUUUUGUCGACAGUGGCCAACGAGAUCUACUUCGAAGCCUUUGCCUCACAACUCUCUGUCGUGGAUCUCACAAGAUUGGCCACCGUGAACGGACGUUAUCGAGCCUUGCCUUGGCCACGUUUGGAAGCUCUUUGGGGUCCGCACUGCAAGCUUCAGGACCUCUCGCAGGAAAAGCUGGCUCCUGCGCUUGAGUGUUUGGGAGAGAGACUUCGAGCGACAGCACAUGUGCGAAAGGCGGUGGUAGCAGUUCGAUGUGGUGAGAGAGACCGACUAGAUGCUUGGGCAGCAGAGGAGGUGCAUCGAGCUGCAUGGUCCAUCGUGGCCUUGAUGUCCACGCCUCACUGGAACCAGCUUGACGAACGUGGCUACCUGAUGCGCUUUUUGGUGUCAGGCUUGCGGGAAGCAGCCAUGGUGGCCCCACUGGCAACGGCCUUUGUGAUCUCCAACUUGAUCGAAUCAGAUUCAGAUCUAGAGGUACUCGGGCAGGUGAAGGUGACGGCCAGCCAAGUGUUGUCAGACCUGGUCCACAAUGCAUUGCCGACGGUUCAGAAAGUGGCUCUUGAAGCGAUUCACACCGCCUGUGAUUGGCACUGUGACCCAUUAGAAAUUGGUAACAGCACUGCAGUGCCAGCCAUCAUUUCGGUCACAGAAUCUGGAUGCCAUGAAAACAGGCUGGCAGCCGUGAAUGCCAUUUAUUGGCUUUCAGAAAGCUGCCCUGAAAGGCUCAAGAUCGCGAUUCCACUGCUUGUAGACUUUUUGGGGCAUUGUGAUUUCGAUAUGAAGAACGCAGCUGCAUCUGCCUUGUGGUUCUUGCUUCUGAACCAUGAGCGGCCUGCUGAAUAUGCACAAACGGCUUGUGAGCAUGGCUGCAUCCCUCUCUUGAUUUCCGAAUUACAUGACCAAGAGAAGAGCAACUCCAUCGAACUGCAGACGUGUUUGUUUUGCCUGGAGUCUUUGAUGAAGGUCCCAACGAUCCGCCCCAUCGCUUUGCAACAUGGUCUUUUGCCGGAGCUGCUUCGAUGCUUGGUGAACGAGGAAGACCGGAUAUUGCUGGAGUGUACCUUGGGGCUGCUUCAGACCUGCCAGGCUCAGCUCCCGAAAGCCUUGUUGGCCCAGAACCGCCCCUGGCAACGAGCCAUUUUGCAGAAGCUGCUCCUGGUGGCGCUGAAGGGCGUGGAUUCCAGCCACAGCACGGAUCGUGGGAACAGCACUGUGGCGCGGCAGUUGCUUGAGCAUGUGGAUCUUGUUGAGGUCUCGCUCCGGCCAUUGUUACAGGAAGUGGGUUACACGAACUCAAACUGAGUUCCAGCAGAUUUGUUGCGUGUCUCGUUGUCUCCAGGGGGGCAUGUGUCCCACAUGCAUGGGAGAGUUUGCUGGAGAGAAAACAGGUCAUGCACUCUGGAACAUAGCAGAUGUGGGUAAGAUGUGGGAAGAUACCCAUCCUGAAGUGCCAAAUGUUCGCAGAAAAGGCACAGGGGUUUGUUUGCUGGUCUUGGAUGCACAACGCAGGGCGGGAACAAGUACAAGGUUCGGUCCUGCAACGAGGUUCUCCAGUUGACCCAUGACGCCGAG